GGAGAGUGAGGUGAAACAAUGGAGAACUGUGAAGGAGAUGAAGACAAGUGCCCCAGCUUCAGCAGUUACUCAUCCAACCGAUUAGCGGAAGUAGCCACCAAAGUGGCGGCGGAGGAGGAGGAAUCAAACCGCGGAGGCGACGAUGGCGAUGAUUUCGAGUUUGCGUUAGUGCGGGAAGAUGACAAGGAUGUUUUAUCCGCGGAAUCCUUCUAUGAAGGCCGAAUUGGAUCUGUUUUUCCAGUUUUCAACCGUGAUCCGUCGCGGAAAGACGACGGAGGAUUCAGCAGUAACAAGCGACUCGAUCCGAACAUUACGGUUCCAUUGCGGAAACUCCUUAUGGAAGAUCGCGAGCUUCACAGCUGCGAAGGAGAUAAUCCUCAAUCGCCUUCUUCGUCCGACGACGCCGACUAUCUGGAGAAUACGUCACCAGGUGCGACGUACAGAGUUUUGCAGCCGAAAGCAGCUGACAAACCGCCUUCUAGCAGAUGUAAAAACAGCAAUUCCACCGGAUCGGUGUUGAGGCGGUGGAAUAUUUGCGAUUUUCUUCGAAGAAGCAACAGUGAGGGGAAAGACGGUUUCGCGAUUCUGACUCCAAAACUCCGCAGAGAAAAAUCACUACAAAUCGAAGCCUUAGAAAAAACGAAGGGGACGAACGCCGCCGCCGCCGCCGCAUCGGCGCAUGAAGUGUUGUAUAUACGAAACAGAGCGACGAAGGAUGAAGAUAAGAAGAAAUCGUACCUACCGUACCGGCGAGACAUCGUAGGGUUUUUCCGCCAACGCUAAAGGUUUCCCGCGCUUUUAAAACACUUCCAGGUAUGUACCCUGUCACGCAUUCAAUCCUCUAUAAUAAUUACUGCUGUUAAUUUUAAUUUUAAUUUCCAGUUCACUAUAUGUGUGUGAAAACGGUUGAAAAUGGGCAAAAAUGUGAAAUACAGUAAU